UACUCAGUUUAAUAAAAUAUUUUCAGCUGUAAAGAUGGAGGUGCACGCAAAUUUAGAAAACGUUUUAAAAAAAGUUAAUAAUUUUAUAAAUAUUGACGCUAACCGGCAAAAAUAUGCAGAGCAUUUUGACAACUUAAAAAAUACUAUUUUUAAGGAGUUGCGUAAAAAUGAUGUAUUUAAUUACCUGUUGAAUGGCUUCCAAUUGGGAGGCAGUUAUGGAGAUAAUGUUAAAGUCUCUAUUCCCAAUGAAUAUGAUUUGGUUUUUAACAUCAAGUUCCCAGAACCAAAUUUGAUUGAGGUUAAAAAAGAUCAUGAACUACCUGGCAAUGUACAUUUAGACUUUACCAAGGUAAUACAAAAAAUAGCGAAGGAGAAACAGCAUGAGAAUAAUCUACUUCACAUCAAGCAGUGGCUGGACAAUGAAAAUUAUCUUAAAGUUGAAAAAUUUCAAAUGUUUUUACGCUCAUGCUUCAUUAGUGUUCUAACGAAAAUGGAAUACCAAAUAACAUUCAAUGGAAAAACAUCUUCUCUGCGCUAUAGUCGUGAAGGUCCUGCCCAUACUGUAAAAGUUACUGAAUCAUUAGAUUUUAUCUAUUCGGUAGAUUUUGUACCCGGUAUAUUGUUGAACGCUGCGCAAUCCGUCAUUCCGAAUAUUGUUGGUCAAUGGGAAGCUAUACCCAAGCCUACACCCAUCAAUAAUCCGUCCUACAAGUCAUUUAGAGCAUCGUUUUAUCGACAAGAACAGAACCUAAUAAAAGGCAGACUGCAAUUGAAAAAUGUUUAUCGCAUGAUGAAAAAAUUUAGAGACUCUAAAUCGAAUAUGAUGAAAAUGAAAAGCUACUACAUUAAAACCCUCUUUCUGUGGAAAUCCAGCAGAGAAAAUGUGAACUAUUGGUCAAAAUCGUUAACGGAAAUUAUAAUUGAUAUGUUUAAAGACAUGGAAAAGAGUUUACGUGAAGAAAACUUACCCUUUUAUUGGGACACAGAGUUAAAUUUAUAUGAUCGUUAUCAACCCAGACUCUUGCGCGAAAUGUUGGGUUGUGUUGAAAGUUCACGAGAGAUCUUAGAAAAGGCUGCUAAAGAAUUAACACCUGCUCUGCAAAAAAAAGUGUAUCGUAUUUUUUUGGUUGAAAAAGAACGAAAUUUGUUGGAGGCUCAAAAUAAUGGACGAAGUUUGAGUAAUGCAGAAUCUAAUGGAAAUCCAAACAAACCAAAAUUAAAUCAAAACCAAAAUAACCAUGGUGCAGAUAAAAAAGAUGCUUCCAAACUUCAGUCACAACAGAAUGAGAGCAGCAAAUCAAGUUGUUUAAUUUCAUAAAAUAAUCCAUAAUCUUCUAUUUUUUAUUAUAUUCCAUUAUGAAACAUAUCUUUAUAAAUACUUAUGUACAAAAUUAGCCAUAUUACAUUUGUAUUUUGUAUACAAAAUAUAUUUCACUUGACUGAUAUUAAUUAAA